AUGGGCUCCAAGUCCGCCCCCCUAUCUGCGGCCAUCACGGACGUUCCAGGAGCGGGAACAUCGGGCUCACGUUCUGAGCUGGUGGUACCUGUACCAGAACCGUUGAUCAUGCAGAUUAUCGUUCGGAGGGAUCUGCUCGAUAAGGAGGGAUGGGGGCUCGGGCCUUUGAUGGCGCAAACAGCUCAUGCUACUGCUGCUGUUCUGCACGAGACGCGGGAGAACCCUAACACGCAGGCGUAUCUAGCUGACCUGAAGGGCAUGCGCAAGAUAGUUAUGCAAACAUCCUCGGUUGCGUCGUUGACCAAACUCUCGAACGCGCUCUCGGCAGCGACACCGCCUGUACCUCAUCAUCUCUGGAUCGAACAGCCUGAGAACGAGCCCACUUGCGUCGCUAUUGCUCCUAACCGAAAGGAACCCGCGGUAAAGAAGGCGCUCAGCAAGGCCAGCUGUCGUGUCUGGCAGAGUUGAUCAUCGCCAUGCAAUCACACCAGCCACUAUGUACUCUAUAUAGGAGACGCGUACACUCGCGUACAACACAGAUCAAAAGAAUUCGUAAUUGAUAUCUACCGCGAGCUCGUCGG